AUGUCUCCCAAUGGUGUCUCCCCGGACGAGAGCCAGCUGAAUGCCCGCAUUCCCCCUCCCAGCGCGCAGUACGACGAUGUGGCCAUCUCGUAUAAUCGGCUGCAGGAGUCUUUCAAAAAGCAGUGGCCUCCACGCCAGCGACUUGAAGUCCCCGAGUUCACCAAGGACGCCAAUCCCCAGGAUUUGAUCGAUGGUCUUAAGAGAGUUGGGGGUGUUAUUGUGCGAGGAAUUGUAUCACCGGAGCCCCUGGCGCAGAUGGAGAAAGACAUUCGACCAGCUCUGGAAGCAGAUGCUCCAUGGGAUGCUGGCGACAACUUCUUCCCUCCCACGACUCGACGAGCGUUUGGGCUAGUGGGCAAGUCCAGAGCAUUCGCUCUCGACAUCAUCGGCAACGAACUGUACCAGGAGGUCUGCGCCGCGUUUCUAACCACCAAGUCCUACCCAUGGUACGGGAACCGAAACAACGUCAACGUGUCGCCCCCGCAGGUCAACAAUACCAUCGCCUUCUCCGUGCGACCGGGGAGGAGUUUCAACCAGCCCCUGCACCGCGACGACGACAUCCAUUACGGCGAUCGCCCCAGAGUCGACAAAUACCCGGAUCAGACCAACGCCCGGGAGUUCGGCAUCGGCUUCUUCGUGGCAGGCACCAAAACAACAAAGGCGAAUGGCGCCACGCGUUUCAUCCCCGGAAGCCAUCUCGAGGACACCUGUCAGCCUCCUGACGAGUCCUGUGCUCAAUACGCAGAGCUCAACCCCGGCGAUGGAUUCAUCAUGCUCUCGAGUUGUUACCAUGGAGGAAGCGCAAACACGACAACAGACCAGGAACGAUUGCUGUUCAGUUGCUUCAUGACCAGAGGUUGGCUGCGUCAAGAGGAGAACCAGUAUCUUUGUGUACCUUGGGAUGUGGCCCGCUCCUUGCCCGUCAGGAUCCAGAAGCUCCUGGGAUACGCCAUAAGCGAACCAAUGCUCGGUUGGGUCGACUUCAAAGAUCCUAGGAUGGUAUUGGACCCAACCGCUGGUGAGCGUGUUGCACAUGGGAAAGAAAAGUUGAAGGUUGGAGCUGGGGCUUCGGCAUGA